AUGAUGAUCGGCAAAGCUAUACUCGUAGUCUCGUGUGUCGUUACAGUGAGUGCGGGGCCUAAACCAGAUGGGUGUGAGGAUGUGACGGUGGUAGGGGGUGGGGUCGGAGGAGCGUUUGCAUCGUGGCGACUCAGACAUCGGGGACUGCAUGUUGGUCUGUACGAGUUGUCUGACAGGCUAGGCGGUCGCUUCUACACGCACAUCUUUCCACAAGCUCCGGAUAUCCCGAUCGAGCUUGGAGCUAUGAGGUUCAUGAGGGAGACACACAAAGUCCUGUAUCGUACCAUACAGGAGGUCGGAUUAAGAACAGUCUUAUUUGAACGGAAAUACCCAGGCAUCGUGGACUCGUUCUACCUGAGGGGAAGACGUCUAAGCAUAGAAGAUUUAAGAACAGACAAUGUACCUUAUAACCUUCGCUCAUGCGAGUCGUACGGAUUGGAGUCAAUACACAGAUACCUGACACAGAAGACCAACUUUAGCGGAAAUAUGGACUCACUAGAACAAGAGCGGCCUUUCCUAAUAUCAGAGGAUGGAGAAUUGAUGUCAAAUCAAACAUUGCAGGAGUUCUACAGAAAAUAUUUGAGUCCAGAAGCUAUAGAAAUGAUAUUUCCUAUUGGAUUUGCACUUGAUCUGGAUAUGCCUGCUGCAACGGGAUUGUAUUUCAUGUCGGCAAACGGUACCUUACCUUACUAUGAAAUAAUGACAAUAACGGAUGGAAUGCAACAACUGCCAGAACAGCUGGUAAAACAAUUUCUGACCACUAGUCGGUAUCACAGCUUGCACAUGAAACACAAACUGAUCAGUAUCACAAGGAACACACGGUCCGGGUAUAACUUAAAAUUCAACAGGACUGCGACCGGACACCUUGUCACAGUAUGUAGUCGAAAGGUAAUACUGGCUGUUCCCAUUCCGGCAUUGCUUCAAAUUAACUGGGACGUGAUACAGACGCCACGUAUUCAACAAAAUCUUAAUACUAUUACCCAACUUAUGGCUGUAAAAAUCUAUUUGGUGUAUGACCAUCCAUGGUGGAGGGAUAUUAUUUCGAGUGUUACAGACAGACAAAAUCAGACGCCUAGGUCUCAUGGUAAUAUUCAGUCAGACCUCCCUCUACAUUGGACGUAUGAUUUCGGUGUAUCAGCAAAGACAGGCAAAGCUGUGCUGCUCGUGGCAUACACGUCCAAUCCUAUGUGGAGGGAGUUACAGAAACAUGGCGACCGAAGGUGGGCGGGGCAUUACAGCGUUUCAACGGAAGCCAUUCGCCACACCCACCUGUACCUAUCGAAGCUAUACAACAUUCCUGUAACAACCAUCCCCUUCCCAAUAGACGGGCGGAUAUCUCAAUGGGAUGAAAACCCAUACAAUGGAUCCUUCUUCAUUUGGAAAACGGGCGUCGACUGGGGACGGGUCUGGAGAACAGUCAACAAACCUUCAGCGCUCGAUGACGUCUUUAUUGCAUCUGGGGCCUAUUGGAAUUAUCAAUCCGACGCUUGGUCUGAAAACUGUCUGAACGCCAUCAACGAAAUGUUACAGAAGUACUUCUGAAACUUUUGGAAUUUCAAAUGUUUCGCAGCUCUUUAAUUUGAGUAUUUACUUUGUAUUCUCUUUUUAUUUCUGCAAAGUCAUAUAAUAUCAGGUAGAAGUCAUAUAAUAUCAGGUAGAAGUCAUAUAAUAUCAGGUAGAAGUCAUAUAAUAUCAGGUAGAAGUCAUAUAAUAUCAGGUAGAAGUCAUAUAAUAUCAGGUAGAAGUCAUAUAAUAUCAGGUAGAAGUCAUAUAAUAUCAGGUAGAAGUCAUAUAAUAUCAGGUAGAAGUCAUAUAAUAUCAGGUAGAAGUCAUAUAAUAUCAGGUAGAAGUCAUAUAAUAUCAGAUAGAAGACAUUAAACCAGAAAGACUUAACUUAAACAUUCCUGGUAAGCUCGCAAUUAAAGUCAGCUUCAUAUGAAAACAAAAACAAAUCGGCCAUAAGAGUGACAAAGUUUGAUCCUAUUCGAAUGCUGGCUUUUGUUGUACUUUGCACAUGAUAUGCUCCAAAGUAAUUUGCAACCAUUUAUUUAUAUCGU